GUGGCUUCUACCUCCACUACACCUCCAGCGGUUUCUGGUGGUGCUGCUGCUGCACCAGCAGCAAUGCCUCCUGUUGCUGCUGUUGCUGCUCCAGAAGCAGUGCCUUCUGUUGCUGCUGCUGCUGCAUCACCAGUAGUGCCUGCUGUUACUGAUGCUGCUGCUGCAUCAGCCGCAGUGCCUCCUGUUGCGGAUGCUGCUGCUGCAUCAGCAGCAGUACCUCCUGUUGCGGAUGCUCCUGCAUCAGCAGCAGUACACUCUGUUGCUGGUGCUGCUGCUGCACCAGCAGCACUGCCUUCUGUUGCUGCUGCUGCUGCUGCACCAGCAGCAAUGCCUUCUGUUGCUGCUGCUGCUGCACCAGCAGCAGUGCCUUCUGUUGCUGCUGGUGCACCCGCAGCACCUCAUACUGCUGCUGCUAAACCUGCAGUGGCCCCUGCUGCAGGUUUAGCAGCAAUUCCUAUUGCUGCUAAACCUGCAGCAACACCUGCUGCUGCUGCGACCACAGCAGCAGCAGCAGCAGCAGCCGGACCUGCAUCUGCUCGAGGAGGACCAGCAGCAACACUUGUAGACGCAGCAGCUGUAGGUUCCCCGGUGCACUCCGUUCCUGCUGCUGCUGCUCAAGACGCAGCUGCUGCUGCUGUUACUGCUGCUGCUGUUGCUGCUGCUGGCGUACAUCCGUGCGAGAAUGCUCCAGAUAGCUUUUCCGUUUCUGCAACAGCAGCACCGGCGUGCUCUGCUGCUGCUGCUGCUUCGAAGCUCCAAGAGUGCGAACAAACCCGGAAGCCCUCAAGCAGCAGCAGCAGCAGCAGUAGCAGCAGCGACGGCAGCAGCAACUGCAUCAACGGCGAAGCCGCUAAUGAGCCCCCCGCAGAAUCGGAGGCAGUUUUAGCCGCUACGGAGCAACAGCAGCAAUCACAACAACAGCAGCAGCAGCAACAACAACAGCAGCAGGAGUUGGAAGCAGCCAGCGCUUCCAGCGAUUCGCUGCCGCCCUUGUUGUCCGGAGGCCCCAAGAGAACUCAUGCUGCUGCUGCUGCUGCUGGUCCCGCGCGUAAGCGGCAGCAGCUGCAAGCAGCAGACGAGCAGAAGCUGUUUCAAGACACGCGGCUGCGCGUGGGAGACAGCGUGGAGGUUUUGUGGGUGCUGCACGAGGACGCAGCCGACUGCAGCAACCCCCAGCAGCAGCAGCAGCAGCAGCAGCAGCAGCAGCAGGUGUGGUGGCCCGCGGAAAUCCGAAGGGCCCCACAUAAUAGAAAAGACCGCGAAGGCCGCCUCGAGCUGCUGCUGCACUAUUUGCCCUUCAGGGGCCUCCCAGCAGAAGACGCCAGAGUGGUAUUUGAGGGGCCCCACACCCUCAGGCACUUGGGGGCCCCACGCCAGCAGCAGCAGCAGCAGCAGCAGCAGCAGCAAGAGCAGCAGCAGCAGCAGCAGCAAGGAGAUAAAGAGCCCUCUCUGGAUGAAGAGGUUGCUGAGGCGCCCCGGCUCCGCUGCAGAAGGAAGGGCUCUGUUACCCCACCUAGCUCGGACUCUGAGGGCUGUUUGUCUGAAUGCGGCGAAGACGUAAAUGUCUCUGUAGCAGAAAUCCUCAGCGAGCAGGCGAGGCUUGAUAGAGAACAGGCAAGGCUGCUGCUUCUACUGCUGCUGCUGCUUCUGUUGCUGCUGCUGCUUCUGUUGCUGCUGCCGUUGCUAGCGUUGCUGCUGUAG